AUGGAGCGCUACAAUCCGUUGCCAAGCCGGAGACGGAACGCAGGACCCUACGAUCCGUUGCGAUGCCCGCAGUAUCGACCUGCGGGAGUCAUUGAGCAGGAAGUUCCUACACCUUCCAUGCGCCUCCACGUGGCCCGAAAUCCUCAACAUGCUCGUUUGGCAGGCUCACCGGUCUACCAACCGCACAGAGAUCGCGGAUGGCCUAUCCUCCACGAACUACACCAUGGAACCUGCGCAAUGAAUCUCCCGCCUCAGAUCUCCCUCCUGGCGGCGACACCGGGUACGACCCUUGUGAUAUCCUCUCGUUUAGGCCUGCGUCUGAACUGUGAUCAGAACAUUGACAUGGAGGCCGAUACUCGAGUCUUCGAGACUGUACACAGCUACCAUUGCUCGAAUCACGAUCUCUCCGUCCUCAGCGCCUUUGCGCACAUCAAAGGUCCAAAGAGACUGGGUCUGCUUGUUCGCAGCAAGUACGCGCUGCUGGACGUCAAAAGGAAUCUGUGCUCUCUCGCUACUACGAUUCUCAACGACAAGACCGGUCAGUCCAUCACGGUCGUACUGGACAAGAGCGUGUGGAUGAACCCCGAGCGCGCUGCGGACUUGAUGGAGGAACUGCAGGAGGAGGUGAAUGAGCACCUAAUAGGCUUAUCGGGUGGCCCCGGCGCUGAACCUGACGAGACCUGUUCGGUCGAUUACCUGCUGUCGGACCCGGAGGAUCCACAUUCACAUCCAGGAGGAGAUGCGUUCAUAGGCCUCGGCUCGGUAGGCGCUUUCCUGGAAGAGGAAGGCUCCGCUGAAGAUCCGAUCAAUCGCUGA